AUGGCCAUAUCCCUCCAGGCACUGUGGUCCUUGCUGCUGCUAGGCCUGUUCAGCCACCCUGGGAGAGGACAGCGAGACCCAAUGGUAUUCUGUGGAGCAUGUAAGGCUCUGGCUGAUGAGCUGGCGUAUGACAUCAAGAAAAUCGGAUCAAAGAGGACUGUAAACUCGGGGACAUUUCGAAUCAACCCUGACGGCUCACGGGGGAAGAAAAAGAUUCCUUUUGCAAAGUCGGAGACCUUCUUAACAGACAUUUUGGAAAAUAUAUGUGAUCGGAUGAAUGAUUAUCAACUUCAGGAUGACCCUGUAACUAAGGAAAAGAUAUUCAAGAGAUAUGCUCCCAGGAAAGAUGAGGAAAUAUAUGCAGAAUAUAAAAAGUAUUUCUUUUAUUCUGAUGCUUAUAAGCCCUUGAAAUAUGCGUGUGAAACUAUCAUAGAACAGUAUGAAGAUGAAAUAUUCUCACUUAUCGCCCAGGAGGCAGACUUUCUGGCUGACAAGCUGUGCAUUGAAAAAUCAGGUCUUUGUCCAAAACCUGAGACGCACAGUGAGCUCUAA